AUGCUUCUCUUCGUUCUCCCAUUGCUUCUUCUGACGACGGCUCACGCCGACGCCGAAGUCAUCGUUUCGGUGACUCCGAAGGCCGUCGCCCACCUCUUCAAAAAGGAAAUCUCUUCACUUCACAAGUCGCUUCUCCGACUCGAACCUUCCGCAUUCCGUGCCAAGUACCUCGGUCUUGAUGUCACCAUCGACAAGUUCCAAGUGGUCGAUCUUAAAAUGCCUAGAAUUACCUAUGAGGUUAGUCCCUUCUGCAACUCUCUCCCCUUAUCAAUUCGCUCUUUCCAGACCUCCCCCGCUUCCUCCUUCAUCACUUUCAAACUGCUCGGCGGCUCUGCCCGUGUCAUUGGACAGUACUCAGCGGUUUACAAAACGAAGAGAGAAGGCCAGUUCGAGAUGUCUCUUGAGCACUUUCAUCUGGCCAUUCCGGUGCAAAGAACCGGUCUCCUCAAGUUUGUGAGUCUCCCAUUCCGCUCUCUAAGCACUUUCAGUCCCCUCGCCUCGUAAUCGUAAUCGUAAUCCCCAUAGGAAUGUGUGAAUGCGAUGUCUUUCGUAACAACCGUCAACAAUCUUUCAGACGCCCUCUUCUGACUCGUGCACUCUCGAAGUCGACGAAACGAUGAUCUCUCUGACGCCAGCGCUUCCGGAGCAAAUUUCUGUGAAGAUCAAGAACGACCUUCUGGAGCAGUUGCGCCGUGAUUCGUGCGCACGCGCCAACGCCUUCUUCUCCAAGCUGAACUCUCAGUUGAACAACUUUGUCGAGAGCACUGACAUCACUCAGGGAGGCCAUCCAUCCCACAUCGCAGUGGAUCUGCAGCUCCAGUCUGCUUCGAUCGAGGACGACUCAGCUGUCCACGUGGAAAUCACCGAGAGUGUUAUCAAUGCGGAGCUGUCGAAGCUGUUCUCAUCCGCCAACACCCGAUUCCUCUGGAAUGACGUGCCGGAGAUCAAGGCGCUUUUGAAGAAUUGCGAUAGUGCGGAGUGCCGGCUGCUCGAGGACGGGGACCUGGCUUCCUCCUUCUUCGACCGCCCAUCCGUCAAGAUCAACUCGGACGACUCCGCUUCGGUCCGUCUGCCGCUUUCCACUGUUCUGACCACUUCCAACGGAAAAGAACUGUUCCGAAUUCAAUCGGAACUUCAUCUGGAUCUGGAAGACAUAUUAGUCGAGCAGCCAGAGCAAGGAGCGAUUGCCUGGAGUGCCAAGUUCCGUGUGAAGAAGGUCGACAUUCAGAAGACGACAAGCUCCAGAAGUAUUCAGAAGUUCAUGGCGAAGUUAGAGUCGUGGAUUGGAGAGAACAAGUCUUUCAUUGAGGUCAGUUACCAUAUAUCGACUCGCAUUUUCUAACUGUUUCUAUUUUCAGAAUCUUCUCUCCUUCUACCUCCGCGGAAACCUUCCGAUCCAACUGCGAUCUCCGAUCACCUGGUCUCAUCGUCUUCAUGCCCGACCUGACUCCUCUUCCUCUUCCGUUCGUCUUCAGCUCCAUCCCCAUUUCUCCCCGUCCCUUCUAGUCUGA